GAACGAGAUUUAGGUCGAAAGGAGCAAGUGAGGUUUGAAGUGUGCUGAGAACAAAAAUACCCGGCCAUGAUCAGAAAUACCCGGCCGGGAAUUAUUUGGCGAUGACCGAGGAUCUGAAGCUUUGGGCGUCUUUGAGAAACAGAGAGGGGCCCGGGCAGGAGGCAAAAAUCCCCGGUCAGGGAUUCUUGGCAAUGACCGGGGAUUUUCCCCUUAACCCGAUGGUGCGUUUUGUACAUACCCGGUCGCCACCCAAAAUACCCGACCGAGUAUUUAGGCCGGGGAUCGCGACAGAUAGCUUCUUAAGGGAAAAGAAGGCUAAAAAUCAAGGGUUCCGAGUUUUCGAGAAAAAAGUGAUUCCUAGAGAGAGAAAGCGACGAACCAGAGUUCCCAAGUGCCCUAGCUUAAUCUUCAUCACCAUUGGAGCCCUGGUUGAGCUUGGAGAAGUGCCAAUCGACAACCAGGAGCAGAAAUCCAUCCUUCACAGUAUGGUUUCCGCAUCUGAAUCUGCUUUUGCUUCUCUCUCCAUGGAGUAGUUUUCCCAUUCAUCUGGGUAUGGAGAACCCUAGAUUUGUAUGUUAGAACUGAUUGUAUGAACCCAAGUACAGAUUUUAUGAUUUGAUUAUAUUCAAUUGAGGCUUGAAUGAUUGAAUGACUUGAAUCCUGAUCAAAUUCCUAUUAUUUCUGUUUUAGCCUAGAAUGAGAAUAUCUGCCUAGGUUAAUAGAGAACCCUUAAUUGAAGGUAGUGAAUUGGCGACUUUAAUCGAGGAGCCAGUUUACUAUUCUGUACCGAACUUGCUUCGGUAGUGGAGGUUUGGUUCGUUAGGGCCUCAAUCUGUUUACUCCGGUGGAGGUUAGUCGCCCGCUGGGGACUCAUAUUGAGAGGGUCUGGAGACCUUUAGUCGAGACUUCAGACUGUUUAAGAACCUUCCGCAGUAUAACUAUCAUAGAAACUGAACUUGAUAAUUGCAAUCUGGCUUAACUGCAGUCUAGAGGGAACCAUAUCCGGGUGACCUCUCUCGACUUGAUAACAACCGUUUAAUUGCUUGCUUUAAUUGUUUUGCGUGUUUGAACCUGCACUAAAGUUUCACUGCUAGAUAAUAAGAAUUCACUGAGUAGUCAUCACACCUAGGACCCGGGUUGACAUUAAAACCCAAACCCACUAUACUACGCUUUAGGAAGUGGUUACACUUGGCCAUUUUCUAGAAUGACAGUAGGAGUGAGUCAAUAUACAAGAAAUCGAUCAAGUCGCGUCAUCAAUGAAAGGCCAUGGGAAGCAACUCAUGAAGUGUGAUUGGUGUGGCGACUCGAGUCACUCUAUGGAGGAGUUAAAGCCUAUGAUUGAGGCCUCAAUGCAAUUUGAGGAAGCCAACUUUGUUGGAGGGAAAUCCCAGUUUGGAGCAACCAUCCUAAUUUUCUUUAGUCUUCUCCGACGGAUUGGAAGCCUCUGGGGUUUCAAUCUCAAGCUCCCAUGCAAUACGUUUACCCAAGGACAAGUCAACCAUUCAAUGGUCAAGUCUCUAGACUUGAAGACUUGGUAGGCCAAUUCGUUACACACUCCAACAAUAAGUUUGAGGCUAUUGACAAAUUCACAGAGAAUACUACGGCCAAAUUCUCAAUUUUGGAAGCGAGUCAAAGGAAUCAACAAGCCUCACUUCAAAAUCUUGAAGCCUAACUAAGCUCAUUGGCCACAAGGAGGGAUGUCAUGUGGUAACUCUAAGGUGUGACCGACCUUUGAAGGAGGUUCCUAUGUCAACAGCGAGGAUACCAGUAAGAGAAGUUCCACGUGAAAUUAUUCAAGAAGAAGAAUUAAUUUGGGAAGAAGUGUAACCCACUAUUAACAUCAAGAUUGAAGAAGAGGAGACGUCUAAGAAGAUUGAAGUCUAAGCUUUCCGCUGCUCCUUGUCACUACGUUGUAAUAGUGUUGACCACUAAAACUAGUUGAGGGACUUCUCGUGGUGCCUCUUCAUUUCUUGACCCGUUGCCCACUUUCCACUACUUAGGACCAAAGACCCUAACAUCAUCCUAUUAUCAUAGCUACUGGCAUCUGGUGAUUGUUCCUCUUCCUUUGGAGAUUCAUAUUUCUCCCCCUUGUUUGUCUUAGCUUAUUAGAUCAUCCACUUAUUUCCUAGUAGCAAAAUCCUCGUACUACUCUCUCAACUCCUUCAAAAUCCUUGAGGUAUUCCCUUUCAGUUGGCAUCUCUUUGCUGGUGUUUGGAGUUGAAGUCCUCGCACAUUUGAUUCUAUCUUGAGAGCCUUUGAGAUUCUAUUUGGGUUGGUCACGUUUCUUUCAUCCUUUCUUUCUUACUGAUGAUCGCCAUACGCCUCAAUCUCUUAUUUGACGUCCCACGACGGGUUAACUUAACUCGCGUCCUAGCUUAUUCUUAAACCAAUUGCACCCUCGUGCUACCUUCUCAUAGUGUCGUGCUGUAAUAGUUAUUCACCUUAUUAUGAUUAGAGUAGACUGGUGAUUCUAUAAACUCUUAAAAGAAGA